AUGGACUUGAACACAUCAACAGAUACUAUUAUAUCGAACACUCAACAAGGCGAGCCUACCGAAAAAUCGGUCAUUCAUGAAAACAGUAAUAUUGAUUCAAAUAUGGAACACGUCGAAGAUGCUUUUAAAAUGAUGGAUGAAAGUUUCGAAUCUUUAUAUAUGGCACCGGCACAUUCACAUGUAAAUGGUUUGUCCCUAAUUCCAACGCAAGUGGAUAAAGCUUCUCGAAUCUCAGCCGGAUUAGUUAAUACUAAUAUUAUUGACACGAAACAAGUGGAAGAUCUCGGAAUACUAAAUAUAGAUUAA